CUACAAGGUCAACUUCCGCUUUGGGUCCGUUCCAUUAACGCUGUUGCUCCAGCAAGUCGGGAACUCACCGGAUUCGCCUGUACCAGAAAGACCGGAAGAGAUUAGCUGCUUCGGCCAGAACCAGUGCUAUCCAGGUGUGAGCAUCGCAAAUGGCCAUUAA